GGCCGACGUCGCCCCCCUAUUUAGCCGGUGCCUCUCUCUCCCCGGUGCAAACCCUAGCUACUCUCACCCCCUCGGCCAGAUAUCUUCCUCCCGAACGCCUCCGUCGCCGUUCGUCGCCCACCACUGCGGUGACCGGUGCCCCCGUUCCCAUCCAUCUGGUCCAAUGGAACCGCCGCGGUCGUCCAUGUCGAGCUAGCCCGCUGGAUCAAGCCGUGACGGCCCCGCAGCUCCGCCCCGACCUCGUCUUCGACCUCGGUGCCCGAAGCUCACCGCCGCCAAUCCACUCUGCCCCGAUCCCUUUUCGGCAUCCCCUGCAGCUCCUAAACCUCUCGCCGAGCCUCCUUGUGCUCCUCGUGAUUGAAGAACAUGUCGGAAAAGAAUCGAGACGCGGAAAGGAUGAAUCGCGAAGGUGGCGCUGAUGCUUGGGGUUCUCAAAGGCCAGAAACACCGCCUUGGGAUGCAGUAGAGUAUAGUCAACUCAUCUCUGCAGGGCCGUUGCUGCCACUACUAGAACAGUAUGCAGGCGUAGGUUCUUAUGACCAAAACACUCUCAGGGGGGCCCCAUGGCAAGUUCAGUCAUAAGGCGCUAACACUGACAUAUGUACGGGCAACCAACCUCAACUAGCUAGUAUGGCUAAUCAAGGUAAUGCAAAAUCAAAAAAACACAUACUGCUGUGGACGUGAAAAAUGGACAUGCAAAAAAACUGGCAAGAGGACUCACGAGUUAUCACGGGUGAAAAUGCAGGGCCUUCAUGCAGCACGUGGCAUCAGCCAGCACCCAUGUACCUGCCAUCGACGUCAUACACAGCGUAUUACGCUGGUGGUGACACGGCAAACGUCCCGUGGCAAGCUUCACAAAUUGCAGGUGGAGCACGACAUUUUGGUGUCACAGACCACACAAGAUGGCCAAAUGCAGCACAACAAGAACCUACAACUACAGUGAACAGCGGUGCGGGGACAUCUACUGCGGGGAGCUCUGAGCACACGGAAGACGCGUUCCACCAGCCAGCAGACUGUCAUGCCGCAAACAAUUUCGAGUCAGAGUCGGGAAUGGCAAUCAUUCCAGCAAUGCCGACGAGCACCCCUUUGAACACAAGCACUAGCAACACUCGAGUAGAUGGAACUGCCGCCGAUACUGAAGCGAAUGAUGAAACUGACGACGACGCACAAGAGGAUGAAGAUGGUGGGCAAUCCGAGAUCGUGGUACCUCAGCCACCAUACAUUGGGCAGAGAUUUGGAUCGUUCGCAGAAGCAAAGGAAUACUACCAGGCAUACGCAAAGUUCCAUGGAUUUGCGGUCAACACCGAGUACCAUAGGAAAAUUAAGAAAACUAAUGAGUACAGCAGAGGUGAGAUGAGGUGCCACAAGGCACGGAGGAACAAGAAGAGGAAAGGUGUUGCGCCUGUCGUUCCGGAACGAAAGAGAGGCAUCAUUCUCAAGACGGGGUGCCCUGUCCGGUGUAAGCUAAACGUAGAUGGAGCAACAUGGGUGGUCAAUGAGUAUUUUGACGAGCACAACCACGAACUCAUAAAGAAGUUCGACCUGGUGAAAUUUCUAACCGCCCACAGAGGGUUCACCCCCGUCGAAAGGAAAUUCGUAAAGCUGCUACAUGAUUGUAACGUCGGUCCAUCAAGAAUGGUACAGAUACUAUCUCUCAUCCACAGCAAAAAGGGGACUCUGAGUAGCAUGCCGUACAUACCAGCUGACGUCACAAACCUACAGGCCAAGUACCGUAGAGAGAGCAAGUUGGCAGACAUAGAGGCCACAAUAGCCUACUUCGAUGCGAAAGCAAAGGAAGAUCCAGAUUUCUUCUACAGGAUAAGGUUGGACGAUGAGGACCGUGUCAGGAACAUGUAUUGGGUGGAUGGUGCUGCAAGGAGAGCCUACAAACAUUUCUGAGAUUGCAUUUCAUUCGACGCGACGUACCUCACCAAUAUGUACAAGAUGCCAUGCGCUCCGUUCAUAGGAAUAAAUAACCACAAUCAGUCGUUGCAGUUCGGAUGCGGCCUCGUCCGGAAUGAAGACACAGAUGGGUACGUUUGGCUGUUCAAGACCUUCUUGGAGUGCAUGGAUGGACUUGCUCCGAUGAACAUAAUAACGGACCAAGAUUUCAGCAUGCGUGCAGGCAUAGAGGAGGUCUUUCCGUUGGCAGUGCACAGGCACUGCAGGUGGCACAUUAUAAAGAAGGCUGAGGAGAUGCUAGGACCGUUCUUUGCCGACCGUCCAGAGCUGCACAAGGCAUUCGAGCUGUGCGUGGACCACAGCUUGACGGUGGAGGAGUUUGAAAGGAGCUGGAUGGCCAUGACUGAAACACAUCAAGUCCAGGACAACGAGACUCUUGUUAGCCUGUGGGAGAAGCGAAUGUACUGGGUGCCGGCCUACUUCAUGCAGUGCUUCUUCCCCUUUCUGCAGACUACGCAGCGCAGCGAGGGGUUCAAUGCUGUUUUAAAGCGGUACGUCAGCCCUGGCAACUCAUUGCUAGAGUUUGCCAAGCAGUACACAGCUUUGCAACAAAAAAUUCUGGGAUCUGAGCUACAGCAAGAAGCGACCACAGCCCUAAAGCAGCCAAAAUUGCUAACGUAUUUACCGAUGGAGAGGCAAAUGAGCAAGAUAUACACCAACAAGAUCUUUAACAAGUAAGUCAGUUGCAUUACAGUCUUAUUUGCAUAAAAAGCACCAAGUCAGUAGGGGCCUUAUAGAGUGCAAUGCAGUUGCCAUGACAUGUAGCUACCAUGUUUAAUGAAAUACUGUUUGCCAUGCUUACUCAGAUGCAGUUGCCAUGUUAAAAUGAAAAUUUUGUUUUGGCAUACUUGCUCGGGUGCAUUUCCCUUGUUGAAUGAAGUGCAGUUGCCAUGUUUUAUGCGCUGUGCUUCCAUUGGAGCAUGUUGGCAUGCAAAUGCCAAUGUCAAAAAAUGCUAAAAAAAUGUUAUAUUGGCGACACAUAUGCUGAAAUGCAGUUGCCAUGUUUAAUGAAAUGCAUCUGCCCUUUUUUUUUGAAAUGCAAUUGACAUGUUUACUCAGAUGUAGAUGCCAUGUUUAAUAAAAAUGCAGUUGCCAUGUUUUAUGCAAUGUGCUUCCAUUGGGGAAUGUUGGUGCGGAAAUGACGAUAUCCAGUUGAAAAUGUACUGCAAUUGCCAUGUCUGUUGUACUGCAAUUGCCAUGUAUGUUGUAAUGCAUUUGCCAUGUGUAGUGUACUGCAUUUGCCAUGUUCAACGUAAUAUAUUUGCCAUGUUCAAUGAACUAUGUUUGCCAUGUUCAAACAAAAUGUAUUUCUAUUUCCAUGACAACAUAAGGGUGUACAAGAAAAAGAUCGCACGAAAGUUUAACAGAAAACACACAAAACUUGCAGAUUCCAGGAAGAAAUAAAGCGUGCCAGCAUGUUCACGGCUUUCCGGGUGGACGAACAUACGUUCAAGGUGUGUUCUAUUUUGGGCAUGUCAGAUUCAGAACCUGAAGACGCGGACAAAGGAAGGAACUACUUCGUCAGAGCCUCGAUAGGCGAAGGCAAGUACUACUGCCAAUGCUGCAAAU